GCGAGCUUUGUCCGUAACAGUUGAUUGUAAAGUCAGUGAAGUCCAAUUUACAGGCUGGAGCAGCAGCUGUAUCCUGCAUUCCCCUGAAGUAUUACAUGAUUUCCACUCUUUGCAAACUUUGUCAUCUUUUUAGACAGAAAAUCGGAGAUCAAUAUGCAAAGUAAGCACACAAUCACAAGUGUCUCAUGUAUUUUGUGGUUUCUUCUGUUCUGCGCGCUUGUUGGGAAGUCCUACACUGAAGAAGACAUCUUAGUUACAACUAGGAGUGGAAAAGUCAGAGGGAUGAACUUGUCGGUUCUCGGUGGCACAGUCACUGCCUUUCUUGGAAUUCCCUAUGCACAGCCACCUGUUGGUAGACUUAGAUUCAAAAAGCCACAACCUCUGAACAAGUGGUCUGAAAUUUGGAAUGCCACAAAAUAUGCAAAUUCUUGCCAUCAAAACAUAGAUCAACGUUUCCCAGGAUUCCAAGGAUCAGAGAUGUGGAAUCCAAACACAGAGCUCAGUGAAGACUGUUUAUAUCUUAAUGUGUGGAUUCCAGCGCUGAAGCCAAAAAAUGCUACUGUAAUGAUAUGGAUCUAUGGUGGUGGCUUUCAAACUGGGACAUCCUCUUUACAUGUUUAUGAUGGAAAGUUUCUGGCUCGAGUUGAAAGAGUUAUUAUAGUUUCAAUGAACUAUAGGGUGGGUGCCCUAGGAUUCUUAGCUUUACCUGGAAAUCCUGAGGCUCCAGGAAACUUGGGUUUAUUUGACCAACAACUGGCACUUCAAUGGGUCCAAAACAAUAUUGCAGCCUUUGGUGGGAAUCCUAGAAGUGUAACUCUCUUUGGAGAAAGCGCAGGAGCAGCUUCAGUUGGGCUUCAUUUGCUUUCUUCCAAAAGCCACCCUCUAUUCACUAGAGCUAUUCUGCAAAGUGGGUCCCCUAGUGCACCUUGGGCAGUAAUAUCUCCUUAUGAAGUUAGGAACAGAACCUUGACGUUGGCUAAAUUUAUUGGCUGUUUCAAAGACAAUGAGACUGAGAUAAUAAAAUGCCUUCAAAACAAAGAUCCUCAGGAAAUUCUCCUGAAUGAAGUGUUUGUCCUCCCUCACAAUAAUCUCCUGUCAGUAAAUUUUGGUCCAACUGUCGAUGGUGAUUUUCUGACUGACAUGCCGGAGACUUUGCUCCAACUUGGACAAUUUAAAAAAACCCAGAUCUUGGUGGGUGUGAAUAAAGAUGAAGGGACAGCUUUUCUAGUAUAUGGUGCUCCUGGUUUUAGCAAAGAUAACAACAGUAUUAUAACUAGAAGAGAAUUUCAAGAAGGUUUAAAAAUAUGCUUUCCAGGAGUGAGUGAAUUUGGAAGGGAAUCCAUCCUUUUCCAUUAUGCAGACUGGCUAGAUGACCAGAGGCCUGAAAACUACCGUGAGGCUUUGGAUGAUGUCACUGGGGAUUACAAUAUCAUAUGCCCUGCCCUGCAGUUUACCAAAAUCUUCUCAGAUUUGGGAAAUCAUGCCUUUUUCUACUCUUUUGAACACCGAUCCUCCAAACUUCCUUGGCCUGAAUGGAUGGGAGUGAUGCAUGGCUAUGAAAUUGAAUUUGUCUUUGGUUUACCUCUGGAAAGAAGAAAUAAUUACACAAAAGCUGAAGAAAUUUUGAGUAGAUCCAUAAUGAAACAAUGGACAAAUUUUGCGAAAUAUGGACACCCAAAUGGUACCCAGAGAAAUAGCACAGGAUGGCCGGUCUUCAAAAGCACUGAACAAAAAUACCUGACCUUGAACACAGGAUCAUCCAGUAUACACGCUAAACUACGUGCUCAACAGUGCCAAUUUUGGACACUAUUUUUCCCCAGAGUCUUGGAAAUGACAGGAACUGCUUUACCAGCUAGAGCUACACAAAUAAAAUUGAGUGUGCUCACUCACAGAGAGGUGGUGUGGUCAGGGUCCAGGAUCAUGGAAAGCUUUUAAGAAAAGGAAACUGCACUGACUCUUAAUGAGAAGGAAAUAUUGAUGAAGUCGAACAAGAGUGGAAAGCAGGAUUCUAUCGCUGGAACAAUUACAUGAUGGACUGGAAAAAUCAAUUUAACGAUUACACUAGCAAGAAAGAAAGCUGUAUGGGUCUCUAAUUAAUAGAUUUGCCCUUUAUAUAGGAUGUUCAUUUUCUUGUAGAUGAAGUUAAAAAUAUUAGUAACUCUCUAUACACCUUCAAAGAAAGCUAUUAUAUAGCUGUAACAAAAAUGCCAGAAGGUUAAUGUUGAUUCCACAAAUUUUUCAUUUAAUAUUUUACCUAACAUUUCAAAACCCAAACAGCUAGAACAUGUUUAAUUAAAUUUCACAAUAUAAAGUUUGACAAUUAAUUAUAUGCAUACUAAAAUGAUGUGUUGCUUCUAUCUCUUUCUUGAAUACUUUUAACUUUUUUCGCUAAAAUGUAUAUAUUCUCUUCUUAGUUACAUAUGUAUUUUGAUUACUAGUCAUAUAAAAGUAUCUUUUUAAAAUGAACUAAAUCUUGAAACACUGGAUCCUAUACUCUACAAUAUUAUUUCUUCUAAUUAACAUCAAUUUAACAUCAAUAUGUGAUAUUAAAAUACACACAAGAAUAAUAAUCCAUUUUGUUUUUAUGUAAAGGCAAGAGAGAAUAUUAAAAUAAGAGGCUCAGUCUCCAGGAAAUAUCUUAUAAUGGAAACUGCUGCUAACAGACACAAUCAAGGAAUUUCUGUAUAAAUUCAAAAACAAAUUUACUGGUUUUCCAAGGUGGGAAAAUUAGUUCAAAAGAUCAUUGUGUAUAAGUAGGGCUUGUCACAUGAAAUGGGAUACAGGUGUUUUACACACAUUAGUUAUGUUUUCUUAAUUAUUGAUCUCACAAAGUAUAUUUUCAAGGAUCUUUAAUGCUAUUGAAAAGACAUAGCCCUGUGUCAUAUAGCAGAGGAUCCUGUAUCAAAACAAGACUAAAGUUAUUCAGAUAAACAUAUUGUAACCCCGAAAAGAUGGCCUUUGACACCUUGACUGUAACGUAAAAUGAAAAGCUUGAGAAUUUGUUCACCCUUUGUGUGUUUGUUCCUUGUUAGAAGAGGAAAGAACUAUAAAGCAAAAAUGCCCAUUUAUGAGUAGCACUUAUCAAAACUGACUUGGCUUUUAUCACAACUAUCUCUAAAGUACCAUGAACUCUCAGAGACUCUGAGUGAUGAUCAUUUGAAAGGAUGUUUAGAUAUAGGAGUCUAACUCAGGGACCUCAAUGCCAAGAGAAAAAUGUGUACGAAGAAACAGAAAUCAGUGUAUCAGACUUCUUAUAAAUUUCCACUUCAAUGGGCUCAUAAGUGAAAAAAAAAUUUUGUCAGUUAAAAUAUUGACAAUGUGCAAAUAUUAAAAUCUCAGAACAGCAUAAGGUCUUCAGAGGGCAGAGUAUGGAGAGAUAGAAUUAUGGCCUAAAUAUGAAAAGCCAUGUGAGCUAUUAUUUAAUUUUGAUAAAAUGUUUUAGUACAUGUCUCAAAGCUAUAACAGGUAAUUGUGUCCAAAGUUCGAACAAAAUGAGUACAAUAAAUCCAAGUACUGUGAGGAAAUUAGCUCCAUCAAUUUUUAACAUAGUGAAAAAUAGUUAUAUUUGAAGGUUUAUUAUUGAAAAUAUGAGUUAAAUUAACAAAUCAUUUACCUUAAAAAUACCAUUAUAAGUAGUUUUAAUUUUUCCUAAACUUGGCUGCUGAAUAUUAUAAGCACAAAGAACAAAAUUUUUAACAUAAAACAAUUUUUAGCUAAUGUGAAACAAAAUUUCAUAAGUAUCUUCACAUAAUUUCAGCUAUGACCAGUUCAGCACAAUGUGCUAAUAAAGAACUCUGUACAUUGACAAAGAAACUGAUUGGUGGAGUUGCCUGUUUCACUGUAUUCAUAGUGAAGUCAACAAAAAUGUCUCUUAAUGAAAAGUUUGUUUUAAAAUGAAGAUAUUUAUCAGGAAGAAAUUUAAAUUUUUUGAUUAAAUUUAUAUAAGAUAAUUAUAAACUCAAAGUACCAUUUCUCAGUGUCUGUCAAAAAACAAAGAUCAUUGGGUUUAGAAAUAUUUACACAAAUACAUGUGUACUUACAUAUGUUUAUACAUGCAGGAGUCUAUUAAUGUCUAGGCUGGGGUGAUACUAAAUAAAUUCACUAAGUACCUCCAUGAAGAAGAAAAAUCAGAGUAAAAGAAAAGGAGAAUAUAUGACAGUCAUACAAUAAUUUAAUCUAAUUAUGUAUUCAAAAUAAUGUGAAAGUAUAAAAUAUAUUUUAUAAAUAUGGCACAGAUUUAUUAUACAGUGGUAUCUCAGUACAUGAACUUAAUUCAGUCCACUAUUCUGGUCAUGAACCAAAUCAAAUUUCCCCAUAACAUUCAAUAUCACCUGAUGCAGAGUUCUUGAACUGAAACAAAAUUAUGCCAAAGGCUUCUGUUUGCUAACUGAAUUGUUCACUAACAGAAGUGUUUGUUAGCCAAGGUGCCACUGUAAUUAUAAAAAUACAUAAUUAAUUCAUAAUGUAUAUUAUAAGGGUCAGUUGUGAUAAAACACAACAGUCAUUUUGGAUAUUAAUAUGUGCUGUUAUAGCCAGGAAAGAAAGUAUAGGUCUUUGAUCAGUAGUUCCCAAACAUUGUUACAUAUUAGACUCACCUCAGAAGAUAUUAAAAAUUGCAAUCUGCUUUCCACUUCCUAUAUUAAUUAAAUCACAAGGUGAAAGUAGGAGCUAAGUAUCAGUAUUUCUUAAUGAUCCCUAGUUACUUCCAAUGUGCAACAAAGUUUGUGAACUAAUGGCCCACUUUAAAUAGUUAAAGAACCUAGGGAAUGCUCACAUUGGUUUAAUACUGGAAAGCAGAAAACUAUGAAACCUGAAAUGUUAUGUGAUAAAGAAACUUGUUACUGAUAUCAGGAAAGUAACUUUUUUCUCUGAACAAGGAACUGUAAGAGAAAGUGCUUGAUAUUUAGAAGAAAUUUGGGGCAGGCACACAUUUUUCUGUGACCACUGCACUAGAAAAUUAUAUUUUCAUAUUAUCAUUUUUACCAAUAUUUAUAUGCUUUGGUUAGAGGUAUGUCUGGAAAAUAAAAUAUUAAAUAAAAUACAUAUAAAAUA